CCUGACGAAGGCUUCAGGGCUUGGUGCAAUCAAUGCACCCAAUCCGCUCAUGUCUUCGAACGGCAACAGCGAUAAUCAUGGCCAGCUGGACGCAUUGAAGGACACAGAAAGGGCCGCUGUGGCAUCCCUGGCCGCCCGCCUGGAAGGGCACAGCUGCCCGGGCCUCUACGACGAUCCUCUGGCGCUGGUAAGGUACCUGCGGGCCAGGAAUUGGAACGUGGAGCUCGCUGAAGCUCUCAUCCAGAGAACUGGUGAGUGGCGGAAGGACUUUGGCUUUGCCGACGUCUUCAAGCCCAUCACAGAGGAACUGGAGAGGGAGUGUCGCCUCGCAAACAUUUACGUCAGGGGCUACGACAAGAAGGGCAGGCCAGCGUUGUACUUCAAGCCUGGAGGACAAGGAUUCAACGCAGAGCACGCUGGCGUGAAGUACCUGGUCUACUGUGUCGAACGCGCGAUCGCUUGCCUGGAGAAACAGGCCAAGCUGGGCCACCUGGUUUUGCAUCCUGAGGACCCGGUGGCACGGAAGUUCGUGCUGCUGGUGGACUUUCAAGGGGUGAGCACGGGCAGCCUCUUGCCGCUCACUAUUGCCCGGGACUUGCUGCAGGUCAUGCAGG